UAUAUAUAUAUAUAUAUAUACAGUUUAUAUAUAUAUAUGCAUUCCCUUCUACCUUCAGGUUAAUGCUGUGGGGAGUGUCAGUGGAAAUUAGCCAUUUCUGGUUCUUCAUUCUCACUCCUCACAGAGACUCUGCCGGCGUACAGCAUUUAGAAAUGGAGACUUUUAGACUAUUUAUAGCUGCCAAUUUACAGUUCUGAGCUGGAAGAGUUUGUUUUUGUUUCCUUCUUCUUCUUUUUUUUGCACAAUGCCAAAAAUAAGAUACGGUACCUUUGAAAAGUCACACAAUAAUCAGAGUGCAGUUGAAUCUGUGUGCCACAGUGUUUCCACUUCUUCCAUUUCAGCUGGUCGUUAUUCAGACUCUUUAAAUUUUCUUCAGUUUCACCGUUUUCUUGCUCGACAAAGGGAAAACGCGAUGGCGGUCAAUCUGUUGUAGAAGAGAGCACGGCAUGUGACCAAGUUUAAACUAGUGCCUGUUUAUGUGCAUGCUUUUACAGCGUGUUUGGGAUGUUUGAGUGGUCAAACUCAAAGGAAUGUCUUAAACGGUCACCCUCUGUUGAAGACUUGACUUGUGACCGAUAGCUUUGACGGCGUAGAGGUUAUCUAGGGAGUUUAUCUUUGGGGAAACUGCUUGUGGAAAAGCAUGGAAGGAGUGUGAAAGAGGGAGAUCUCAGCAUGCCAACUUGGACUAGGCACAAAGCCAGCUGGUUUAAAAAAAAUACAUGAGCCGUCUGUAAUUCAACAAACCCUGAGAGUUCGUCGGUGUGUGAUGCACAAGUGUCAAAGCGAGGAGGAGUCCCGCGAGUCUGCUGAAAACGCAGAGAUCGCUCAUGAAUGUAUCGUAGAAUUUUAAGAGUGGACAUUUUGUUUCAGUUAUUAAUAGAGGUUGUAGCGGUCACAUUACCAGUGACAUACAGUCGACCUGGUACCCCCCCUCCCCCCUCCUCCUUCCCGUCUGGGUGUCCUUGAAACUUUCCUGUCUUUCCAGUUCCUCCUCAAUUAUCCACUCCCAGACGUCCGAGGCAGUUCAGUUCACUUUAAAGUCUAAUUAUCUCCACCACCAUGAGAUAAUCGCCUCUGACAGCAUCACUUGACAUCCUGUCCUGUCCUUCAACUGGGAGACUCACCCAAAAUGACCCCCACACCCCCCUCCCUCCCUCCCUCCCUCGCUCUCUCUUGAUGUCUUUUAUUUUAUUUAUUUUUCCUGGGAACCAACCUCCGGCUCUCACACUGAACCGGAGCCAGUCUUGUGUAUUUCCUAUGUUGUGCAGUAUUUUAUUUAUUUUGUAUUCUUAUUUCUAUAUAUUAUAUUUUUACAAAUCGUUAUUAAUUUCCAUGGAUGAGCGUGUAAGUCACUGUCACUCGGGAGCUGUUGAGUUUUUUUUAAUUAUUUUUAUUUAAUAUGUAUUUUAUUAUUUUUAUUUGUCGGUACGGUUUAGUUAUUCGUCGUAGAAAGGCCUCUGUGUAUUUUCUUGGGAGCUGACAUGCGUAACAUAUAAUAAGGAUAAUAAGGACACAAAGCACAUGUUUAUCGUACAUGGCUCAUGAUGAUGUCAUUAUGAAUUAGCUAGAAUCCAGUGACAUAGAAAAAUAGCAGUAUUGAUAUCGAAAUAUGAAGCUGUUUUUUUUUUGUUUUAUCAAACCUUUUGUCAGAAAUAAUCUCCAGUAUUGUUGUCGGAUCAGUUCAGGCCGGUUGCUCCACCCACUUUGGUCCAGACUUAAAUAUCUCAACAUCUAUUGGAGGAAUUACCGUGAAACUUUGUACAGACAUUCAUUGUUCCCAGAGGAUGAAUCCAACUGACUUUGGUGAUCCUCUGACUCCUUCAGUGCUACCAUCAGGUCAAAGUGUUGCGCUUUACUUGGUUUUAGUGCUGAUUAGCACACGUUAACAUGCUGAACUUAGACGGUAAACAUUAUACCUGAUAAACAUCAGCAUGUUAGCAUCCUGACGUUAGCAUCGAUUAUUCUAUCAGAACAGCGACUGUUCUGCUUUCAGAGAGGCUGAUUAAAUGCAUGGGUCCAAAAUAUCCUUUCAUCCCUGUCCAAAGUAAACCAUGUAUCCAAAUGUUACCUUCAUGGGUUUAUAGAAAUCUCCUAUUUAUCACACUAAAGAAGCCUCUUAAUUAGCUGAACAUGCAUGAGCACAGAGUUUUUCUUUGCUCAUGAAACGAGUUGGAGUAAAGAUAUGGUAGAUUUGGAGCUGCACGGGUUUUUCACAGACCAGCAAUGCUACUGUAUGUAACUGGAUUCCAGCUAAUUCAGAGCAUAUGAAUUAAUGUAUGAAGUAACUUUGAGUUCAUUGACGGAAUAUUCAUUAAGCGUUAACUCAUCACAUAAUUCAUAACACACCCUGGGUCGAUUCAUGCAUCAAAUCAUCAUGACUCAUGCAUUAGUCAAGCAUGUGUGUUUGUACCUUUUGUUAUGAAGAGUUAUGCACACUUCUCACACUGAAGAUGUUGAGCCUACCAUCAUGGUAGUUUGAAUAAUAAUCACCAGUAUUUGGACGCCUGACAAGGUGGUCACAGUUCAUUAGAUCACAAUUUCAUUUAUUUAAACUUCUUCUUUCCUCGCGGUGCAGCAGAUAUACGCACAUGAAGUGAGAGUCCAGACCGUGUUGACUGUGUUUCUGUUGAAGUGCUCCACACACUGGGGGUCUCUAUGGGAUUACCGAAUUGUUUCAUAGCGUCAAGUGGGCACAGCUCCCUCCUGUGGUGCACAGUUGUUGGAUAUCUGGGGGAGAAACCGUCAUUAUUGAGCAGGGGUAUUUGGUUUUUUAUUGUUGUUAUAAAAUAUCAGAUUGCCGGCAAUGAUGGAUAAGCACAGGGCUGUUGCCAUCUCAAUCCCUCUCCGACAUGAGUCACACAGGUGUGCACAUUCACGCAGUAUCUAUGGAGCAUUUUUCUCAGCAGCUUAUGUGUUUGCUGGUGUGAGGACACUGGGAAUAAGGCCACUAUUAUUUGUACUUACUCGGAAAGGUGUUUUCAAAACGGUGUCGAGCAGCUCAACUCUUUGGUUGUCAUGACGUCUCGCCGUAGAUAAAAGGGAAAAGUCAACUGUGUGUAUGUUGUGUCUGUAUGGAAGCCCGAAAGUUCAGAUCCAAACGUUCGGUGUUUGAUGUCCGUUUGUAUGCUUUUUGUGUGUCAAUUCAGAGCGAGAGAAUAAAUUAAUUUAUAUAUUUUUUAGAAAAAUGACAGCUGUUCUAUUAUUAAGAAAAGGGACUGUGGCCAAUAAAGAGUCUUACGCAGCAGAAAUGAUCUCAACGUCAGACUUAAGUCGAUAUCUGCACUCACUGCCUUAAAACAUUCACAGGUUCUGUUUCACGGCUCCAAUCCGAGAAAAAUCAUAAGGCUUUUCGAGGAGGGCGAGGAGAGGAGGGUGUACAGUAGACCCUUGUCAGUUUGUACAAAUAUACCAAGUGAAAAAAAAAUAUUUAUUACCUGCAUUGAAGAAAUUGUUUACUUAUUGAAUGUUAUCUGUUUAUGUAGAACAUUUUAGAUGUAAUAAAAUGCAUUCUGUUAUUUCUUUGUGUUUUCCCUCAUUUUUAAACGAUGGGAUUUAUCCUUUCUGGAGGAAAAUGUUUUCUGUCAAAUGCAAUUUUAAACUGCCUGUUACACCUAGAAGUGAACACUGGGUGGCAGCAGAGAGACAGUGUCAUCAACAUGUCCCUUGCUGCGAUGGCACAAAACCAAUUACGCACGCUUUGUUGACUCCAGCCGUUGCCUUCCUGGCUCUGACACGAGCUAUAUAUAAUAUAAAGAUAUAAAAUAAUGAAUGAAGAUGUUUAACUUUUGAUUAAAAGUGAUGGGGAGGCCUCGUGCAACGAGGAGACUACGUUACGCACAAGACAGAUGGACGCGUCAAACCUAAUGUUCGCUCAACCCCACCAUUCCUGUCGGAGCUAGCAGCAGAGAGGAGAGAAGGGGGCACAACACCACAGGAGGGUGGGGGUGGAUACAGAUGGAGGAGUUGGGCUGGCAUCAUGUACUAAUGUGUCACUCCAAGAUCCAGCUCUACUUGGACAGAUAGAUUUGAUUUAUCUUGAAUAUAGAAGUGUCCGUGAGCUGCUGACAUUAUGAAUGAGGAAAAUGAGAGCGUUUGUUUGAACAGUUCACUAGUUGAGGUUGACUACUUCAGCAACCUGGAGGACAUCGACGUGACGGCGGACGGGACCCCAAUUCUGAGGUUCCUCAUCUGCCUUGUGUAUUGUGUUGUCUGCGCUGCGGGUCUGGUGGGCAACGUGCUGGUCCUCUUCUUCAUCAGGGUCAAACAAGGUCGGAAGAAGUCCACGGUGAACUUCUUCGUGCUCAACUUGGCGGUGACGGACCUCCAGUUCGUGCUCACUCUGCCCUUCUGGGCCGUGGACACCGUGCUGGACUUCAGCUGGCCGUUUGGAGACGCCAUGUGCAAAAUCAUUCUCUCGGUCACCGUGAUGAACAUGUACGCCAGCGUGUUUUUUCUCACUGCCAUGAGUGUGACCCGCUACUGGUCAGUCGUCUCGGCUCUGAAAAACAGAACCGCGCGAAAGUCCUGUUCCGCCAACUGGACCUGCGCAAUAAUUUGGACACUGGCGUCUCUGGCGACUGCGCCGACGACGAUUUUCUCAACUGUCAGCAACGUAACCGGAGAAAAGCUCUGUUUGCUGAGGUUUCCAGGUGGGCAGUACUGGUUGGCACUUUAUCACAUACAGAAAAUGCUUGUAGGUUUUGUUUUGCCAAUGUUCAUCGUGUCCAUCAGCUACAUCAUGCUGCUGCGUUUCAUCAGCAAUCGGAGUAUGAAAACAGACAACCCCAAACGGAGAUCCAAAGUUACAAAAGCUAUCACCAUCGUCGUGUUGUCCUUCUUCCUGUGCUGGAUGCCGAACCAGGCCAUCACCUUGUGGAGUGUACUGGUCAAACUGAACGUCGCAAACUGGGACAAAGCUUAUUACAUAGUCCACACGUAUGUGUUCCCUCUGACCGUCUGUAUGGCUCACACCAACAGCUGUCUGAACCCCAUUAUUUACUGCCUCAUGAGGAAGGAGUUCAGGAAUAAACUGAGGAGUCUGAUACACAGAGGAUGAGGUUUUUUUGGACCUCUGUGAAUGAUUUAACGAAUUGACAAACAGUAACCAAGACGCACGGAUUGCGCACGGCGAAAGAAUCAUGGAGCGAGAGAGGAGAUCAGCUGUCAGAAAGCACAAUGAGAACCAGCAACAUUAUGUAUAUGAGGAGUAUUUACUCCAUUCUGCUUAUGGAAUAAUGUAACUUUCAUGCGCGCUUCUUGUUUU